GAUAAAAUAUCAUAAUGACAAAGUUUUUCGUAACUCGGGGCCUCUUCUUACUGUUGAUCGGUGCAUUUCUAUUUUCAGCUGUUUGGGCUCAGGAGGACAGCACUACCGAUAUUAGCCACUCUGACAUGCACAUCCAUGAAGAUGGAACAGUACACUCUCAUGAUGAUGAAACACAUAGUCAUGAACAUACAGAGAAUGGUGUCAGUAGCGGUAGCUCUCAUGGCCACUCUCAUGGGUCUCAGUCUUGUGAAGUAGAAGAUAUAUCUGACUAUAAUAUGCCUUUCAGAAUUGGUUCCAUAUUUAUCAUUUUGGCUACUUCAGCUGUUGGUAUCUUUUCUCCUAUUGUUCUUUACCGCAUCAGUUCUUUUAAAGAUGGUUCUAUUCGUGAUUGGGUCCUAACUGCUGGUAAAUUUUUUGGCACUGGUGUUAUUAUUGCUACUGCUUUUAUUCAUAUGCUCCCAGAGGCCAUCGAACGAUUUGGGUCUGAUUGUCUUGGUGAAGGUUGGCACUCAUAUCAUGCAUUUGGCGGUCUGUUUUGUAUGCUGGCUUCGUUUUCUCUUCAAAUUAUUGAGUUGGCUGCUAUUAGUAAUUUAGAUGCAAUCGCAAGAAGAAAUAUAGCUGCUACUGGUCACAUCGAUGUUGAAAAAUCAUCUACUUACCAAAAAGAAAUCUCAGAAAAAGUUAAUACACAUUCCCACCACGAACAUGAUCACAACGGGAUAAGUCAAGAUGGCCACGUUCACUCUGCCGGCUUCUUGGAGAAUGACCAAUCUCUUCGCAGUGUCAGUACAUUUAUUCUGGAGCUUGGUAUCAUAAUGCAUUCUAUUAUUAUCGGUCUUACACUUGGAACUGCUGACAGUACUUCAUUCCAAACACUACUUAUUGCUUUGUGUUUCCAUCAGUUUUUCGAGGGUAUUGCUCUCGGUACUCGUGUUAACGAUCUUCAAUAUAAGAGUUGGAAAAAGCCUAUUAUUAUGGGUAUCAUCUUUGUCUGUAUGACUCCUAUCGGUAUUGGCAUUGGAAUUGGCAUCAAAUCUACAAUGAACCCCCCUUCUUCUAUUUUAGCCCAAGCUAUUUUAGACUCUCUCUCUGCCGGUAUUUUAUUAUACAGUGCUUACAUCUCACUUAUGAGCAUCGAAAUUAAUCACAACAUUGGUUUUCGUAAAUCCUCUCUCCCACGCAAAGUCUUCUGCUUCUUAUGUAUGUAUCUUGGUGCUGCUUUGAUGUCUGUAAUUGGUAUAUGGGCAUAACUAAUACUUGUAAUCGCCAAAUUCUUAUCUUUAUAUUAUUAAUCCUCUUAAACUACUACAUGAUAAAUAAAUGUUACACAUACUGAAUCAAUCUACAACAAUAAAAAUGAUAAUAAUGUAAAAUAGCACCAACUUUGAAGAAUACAUAUCUAAAAUCUUUUAGCUAUGUUUAACUUAAUUAGAGGGUUAAACUUAUGAGUAUUAGCUUUAUAUAUAUGGUGUUGCUAGUUUGUCACUUCAGACAAAUACGCCGGUAGAUGCUGUGAUCUGAUCUUUGACAUUAUACACACUUAAUGUAAAGCGCGUGCUUUUUUAUCAGAAUACUAAAAG